AUGAAGAAUCCUCAACUCGUAUCGUCCGUUGUGUUUGCAGUUAUUGGAUGGCUGGUCUACAAGCUCAUCAAUAUUGGUCGACGAGACAAGACCCUUCCACCUGGGCCACCGACAGCGCCUUUGGUGGGAAAUGCUCAUUUGCUUCCGUCGAAGUUUGCGUUUUUAAAAUUCUCUGAGUGGGGAAGGCAAUAUGGUGGCAUCUUUUCGAUUAAACUGGCAAAUGCAACGAUGAUCGUGGUCUCCGACAUGAAAGUGGUGAAAGAGCUUCUUGACGACCGCAGCAGUGAAACGUCUUCGCGUCCAUUUUCUUUUGCUGUUCAUUCCAUCUCCAAAGGAUAUUUUGCAUUAACAUCCUCAGAUAAUCCGUUGUGGAAGGCGAGUCGCAAAUCCAUUCAACCUUUUCUAAGCGCAGGAGCCAUUCAAUCGCAUGUCUCCAUCUCUGACAAGGAAACUACCCAACUUUUAUAUGACAUCCUGAACACUCCCGAAAGUUUAUGUGCCCACGUUUUUCGAUGCACCUUUUCCUCUGCCGCCUCUCUGGCUUUUGGACGACGCGUUCUCCGUCAUGAUAGCUCAGAAGCUAUACUCUUCGAACAGUAUCUCCGCAAUUUUGUCAAGACGGUUUCUCCUGAGUCUGCCCCCGUUGACCUGAUACCCAUCCUCAGAUACAUCCCAGAAUCAAUAGCUCCAUGGGGAAAGGUCUGGCGUGAGACUCGCCAACAACAACAGUCGAUAUACUAUUUUUUCUUCGAGCACACUUUGCGUGAGGUCAACGCAGGAAAUAAGAAGGGUACUAUUAUCGAAGCAAUAGUAAAAAACCAAGAGGAGUUAGGCUUAACUCAGGAUGCAAUCGCAUAUAUAGGAGGAAUGUUACUCGACGCUGGGUCAGAGACGUCGGCCACAACAAUACAAUCGCUGAUUUUGUCUCUCCUAAAAUUUCCCGCGUGCUUGAAAAAGGCACAAGAGGAGAUUGAUGAGCUCAUCGGUGACAGCAGGUUGCCUAUUUCAACUGACAUCGAUGAGUUACCUUAUGUUCAAGCUGUUAUAAAAGAGGGUCACCGCCUGAGACCUGCUGUGCCAUGUGGGAUUCCGCACGCUGCUCUCAACGAUUGUCAUUACCGAGGUUACACGAUACCAAAAGGAUCACCAAUACUCAUUAACAUUUGGGGGAUACUUCACGAUCCUGAGCUUUUUGACCGUCCCGAUGAAUUUCGGCCUGAACGGUACCUUGAAACACCUGAUGGAACAAUUCCGGGUCUGAAAAAAGACUUCAAUAUACGGCUGAAUCUACCCUUUGGCAGUGGAAAGAGGCUAUGUCCCGGUAUGAAUUUCUCGAACAUUUUCUUAAAUCUUGCGGUUAUGCGCCUGCUUUGGGCAUUUGAUUUUACGCCAUACGAUGACUUGACUACAAACCACGACACAUGGGAUAUAGAAAAGGAGUACUCAGAGGGAAUUACAUUAACACCUAAGAAUUUGAGGUGCAAAAUUACCCCGCGAAACGAGAAGAGGGCCAGAAUUAUCCAGAACAGUUAUAAAGAGGCUUGA